UCCGAUCAGUUGAACGGAGAGUGCAAUACAUAAUUCAGUCCCAACUAGGGGACACCUCAGUUUCUCCCUUGCUUUGUAGCCGCGAAGCUGCAGCCGUGAAAAGACUCUCCCGCUGCUCAUGGACUAAAGCGCCGAUGCGGCUGCCUCCUCCUCAAGCACGCCGAGGAUGGAGAAGCAACCUUGGGGAAGGACGCAUGCACUGUUUGAUGCAGGUAAUGCAUGACUUACAGCUGCUGAGGAAGGACAGGACAGACUGAGAAACACACAGUCAGUGGUAAUAGACGUAAACAUUGCGAUGCCCUGCUUCAUACAUCACAACCACAACCCUAUCGCUUCUUGCUCCGCUGGCUCAGGGCGGCAGAGGGCUUGAUUGUAGUGGAUAAAGUAAGAAGGAGAUCAAAAGAGACCGUCGACUUCGUUGGUGAAUAUGUUGAAGCCAUGGUGAAGUUGUGUCCGGGAUAAGAGGCUGCGGCGGGCCAGAGUCGGUGCAGUAGGUGUAUCCUGACUCCGCUGCCUCCGUGUUUUGCGGCCAUGCUGCAGGCAGCAUCCUCCGACCUGUUCCGACUUGACUUCAUACCUGGAGGAGAUUCAGCUGAACAAGUUCCCACCAAUCAAAAAAGUUAUUUGGUAGAUAGAUCCUCCUGCUUCUUAGUGUUUCUGGCUUAUCAUCAGUACUGUUUUGGAGCAUUCACUCAUCUGUGUGUAAUAAUAACAUUAUCUUUAAUAAUGAAAUACUUUGCUUUUUUUUUUGCUCUGAAUGCUCUACAUCAUGGUCCUGACCUGAUUGAGCUGCAGAAAGAUGUGAUCAGCUACAGGCUUUUUUGAAUUUACUAGGUGUCUCAAACAUUACCCAAGCCCACCUCUGCAUGACUGCUUGGUCAGGUGAGUCCUGUUGUCACUGUAGCCCACGUUAGCACUGAACCAUGGGUGCCAAGCAAACCAAGGGUCAGGAGCCAGGAGGAGCCAGUCCUCAGCACACCUGGAAGAGGACCCCCACGAAAGAGCGGGGAGACAUCUUGGCCUCCCUCAUGCUGAAGUCGGGGGACCGGCUGAGCCGCGGCGGGACGCCCCCGCCCUACCAGCGCCGCAUUGGCAUGAUCCAGGAGAUGAUGCUGAUGGCCAAGCAGGGCAAACAGGAUGAGGCCACUGAGAUGCUCAAGACACUCCGACAGGACCUGGGCAUGGAGUCGACAUCUCUGGAUGACGUGUUGUACCGCUACGCCAGCUUCAGAAACCUGGUGGACCCAAUCACACACGACCUGAUUAUCAGCCUGGCACGAUACGUCCACUGCCCCAAGACGGAGGGAGACUCUUUGGGCGCCAUGGAGAAGGUCUGCCGCCAGCUGACCUACCAUCUUAGCCCGCAUUCCCGCUGGAGGAGGCAGGGUCUGCUCAAGAGGAAGCCUCAGGCCUGUCUGAAGGCCGUGCUUUCGGCCCCUCCGCCCAGCGGGGCGUUGGACCUGUCCGGCAUCCCUCUAACGGUCCGGGACAUGGAGCGUCUUUGUGGCCACCUGCAGCGCCAUGCUGCCAUCGUGGUCAGCUUGGAGCUGGGCUUCACCGAGCUGACUGACGAGGCUUUCCUCCUCCUCCUGCCCACCCUGGCCGCCCUGCCGCACCUCGAGACCCUGGCGCUCAACGGCAACAGGCUGACCAGGGCUAUUUUGAAGGAGCUGACCGACGCCCUCAAGGACCCAGGCAGCUUUCCCAGCGUGACGUGGAUCGACCUGGGCAACAACGUUGACAUCUUCUCGCUGCCGCAGCCCUUCCUAGUCAGCCUGAGGAAGCGCUGCCCCAAGCAGGGAAACCUGCCCACUAUCCUGGAGUUUGGGGAGAGCCAGGCCAGCGACCCCCCCGAGAGGCUGAGAGGAGACGGGGAAGAGGAGGAGACUGACGACACCAACCGGACUGAGAGCAUGGGUGAGCUCCGGUCGGAGGUAGAAGAAGAGCUGGAUGGAGAGAUGGAGAUUGAGGAGAUGAUGGAAGAGCUGCUGGACUUUGACAGGGAGGUGCAGGGAAAGGAUGAGCUGGAGGAGGAAAGCAUGUGGACCGUGGAGGAGCAGAGGAAAGGGAGGAGGAGGAGGGAGGAGGAAGAAGGGGAGGAUGAGGCGCAGAGGAAAGGGCAGCCUGGGAAGAAAGCGUUGAGGGCGGAGCAUGACGACGAUACGCAGAGCCAGUCCUCGCGCCUGUCCUGCUCCAGCCAGUCGCAGCACUCCUCUGGAGCCAUCGAGCCGAUGAGGGUGGAGGAAGAUGACUUGGAUGAGGUAACCGACCAAUCAGACCAGCUGACCUGAUUGUAGCCUCCCGCUCUGCUCUGCUCUGCUUGUAUUUCCCCCUCCUGUGUCGAGUCUUGUCUAGAUGGAGGUGAGAGAAGAAUUUGUCUCCUGCAGGGGAGGCUGUGCGGGUGCAUAUAACUUGAAAUGCUCAAAAGCUGAAAACAAAAACGGUUUGAAUGUUGGAAGGAUGUACGAACAUAUGAACAUCCCACUUGCCUCUCCCUCCACUGAAAAGAUUUGUGACCAGCCACCACAGCAUUUGGAUAAUGGCAGAAUGUCAGCUGAGCCCAGGUGACUCUGUGUUAUCGGCUACUGACUGUAAGAUGAGAUGACAAUCCCGAAUAGGACAUUUGUCUGUCAAAACGUCUGGUCUUGUUUUCAGUAUGAAUAGCUUAAAGAAUCUAAUGCAUAGAAUAGAUCGAUAAGCUAUAGGCAGUAACAAAAGAGGCUUUAUGUGUAAGCAAGGGUGUUAACACGUAUGAAAUGUGUCUAUUCAGGUCCUUCCUCCUGGUAAUCCUAUCCUGCUAUUGGACAAAUACCUACACGUGCCUGUAACAUGUCCCAUUACUGGCAGAGAGAGUAUGUGAAAAACACAAAAACAGAAGAACAGACAGAUUUGUCAGGGCCCUAACUUAUUUAAAAAUGUGUUGGACAAAAAUAAAGCCAGACAUAUAUAAAAAGUCAGCCUCCCUCAGAGAAUGACGGGAAGCCAGAGUGACAGGAAGACAGACAGAAAGUCAAAUAACAAAUGGACAAAUACGCCAUGCUCUGGUGGGAAGGGAUCACACUUGCAGCAAUUUAAGUGCCACUGAACGGAAUCAGUCAGCAGAAACCAAAAGAAGCAAGCCAUGGUUGUUGUACGACUGAAUGCGAAAGAUUAAUUUACUCCCUUUAGGCCUAAUGAUUGUACGGAGGCUGCAUGAAGAAGGCGGAGGAAAGAAAGUGCCCCUGUUGAAAGGAAAAGGGCUCCGCGUGGUGUCCAUGUACAGUGGAUAGAUGUGCUCGUCUCAUCGCCGUGUUUUUCCAAGCAAAGUGCUGGGUAUCAAGUUGAAAUAUUUAGUAGCCUUCUCUCAUAAUCCAGGUCAUGUUUCAUUCUACAGUACUGUACACUAAGUGUGCAUCACAUGCUUACAGUGCUAUAUUAUAUCGCUUUGCUACGGCGUUUGCAGCCCAUCGCACCCGUGUACGGUGUCCGGGUUUCACCAAAAUAUGUAGCUCCUUCACACGGCUAGUGCUUUCCCCCCAUGUGUAUUAUACAAUUAUACAAUGCAAAGCUUUAAGGAUUAAAUUGUAUUUUUGAUGUACAGCACAUAUUGUUUUUAUCUGUCUGAGAAGGGGCAGUCGCUCUAUAUUUGCUAUUAAACAGGAUUACCACUCAAGUCAAGGAUUCAUAUUGUCUACGUAGAAUAGUCCAAGCAAUACUGGUGAAUAUUAAUAACCCUCUAAAGCUGGGAAAAAAGGGAACAAAUACUCUAAGAUAUUACUGAAAUGCAAUGCCUGGAAUAGUUUUGUUGACAAAGAGAAGAUUGGUGGACUUUGUGGACUCACAGAAUAUUAGCUUGUGGAGAAAGGAGUCUUAUUUUAUAGCAGUUUUAAACAAGCAAAUACACUUUUGCUCCAGACAAUUACCCCGGGCGCUGUUACUUUGACCUGUGGCGCUCUCAACGCAGAAAGCAGACACUAUUGGAUUAAAACUGAAGGGCUUUUUGUUGGAAUAUAAAGGGCUGGCAGUCGUUUGAACCACAGCAUGGAGGUCCACCAGAUAACUGGCUAGACAUAAAUAAAACUUUUAUAAAAACCAGGAGAGAAAAAGUUUAUAGUGGAGUGAAGUUCUUUUUGGUAACAUAAUGAGUCACAGGAAUAGUCUGGUGGGGUUCAUUUGUUUUCAAACGUUAGCUGUGUCUGUUUUAACCUGAAGAAACCAUCAGCUAACAAGCUAGCGAUUUAGGAAAACAACCAAUGUAAAUGGCCAGGAUUAACACUAACUUUAUCUACAGAGAUUAGCUAGUGUUCAAAUCAGAUCUACAACAAAACAGCGAUGGUUAGCUGACCAAGGACUAAGAUCAGCCAGCUAACAAGCUUUUACAAACACAAUGAACAAAAAUUAACCAUUUAUGGCAAGUAACUCAUGGUAACUAUGUUUUUUGGGGGGCAGAAAGUAAAACCACGGUUUCUGAAUAAUGCUUUUACACUGGCCUAACUACUGCUUUUCUACAGUAUUACCACCAAUUAAUCAUACUUACCUUAAAACACCUUAAAAACCCACAGCA